CAGCCCCCGAGCGGAGGAGGAGAGCCGCGGCGGGGAAGCCGGACGGCGGCGGAGGCGGGCCGGAGCCUGGACUGGAGCCGCGGGGGCGGCGCGCAGCUGCGGGGGGGACAGCGCCCCCGCCCGCCGCCAAGGCGCUAACUCCGCUCGCGGGGCCGGGAGCUCACAGCACGCGAAGGAGCUUCGGGCGGCGCACUAGCCGUGGUGGCCGCCGGGGCGCCGCUUGGGGAAGGCGAGCCCGCCGCGCCCGGCCGGGACACCCGCCCGGCCAGCUCUCCGGAGGAGCCGGCGACUCACUCCUCGCCUGCCUGCUGGAAGGCGGCGGCGGCGGAGGAGCCGGAGGGGGGUCUCCUCCCUUCCCCUCCCUGCCUGCUCGUCGGCGAAGGAGCCUCCUUCUCCCCUCCCCGGGAGCAGAGCCGCGGCGGGCCGGCUGCAGCAGCCUCGCUCUCCGAGCGGUGCGGCCGGGAACCGCCUCUCCCGCCCCGUCUCGUCGGGCCGCGCAGCCCCGCCUCGACUGCCAACUUUCUCCGCGCCCGGAGUGCGGCGGAGGCUCCUGCCUUUCUCCGCGGGCUGCCGAGGAGGAGGAGGAGCCGCCGCGCCGCGCCUCGCCUGGGCAUGACUUGAGGGCAGCGGAGAACUGCGCGGCGGCGGCGGCGGCCCCGCUCGGGCUCCGGGCCGCGGGAUGCGAAGGAAGGUCCUCCCUGCGCCUGGCUGCGGGAGCUCGGCGGACGUGACCGGAGGAGGAGGGUGCUAGAGGCGCGCCUGGACGGAGUCGCGACUGCGGCGGACAUGGCUUGUGGCGGCGGCGGCGGCGGCGCGGUGGCCUCGGGAGGGUCGCCUCCGGCCAGCCCGGCCCCGCUCUGGUACCACAAGGAUCUCAGCCGGGCUGCGGCCGAAGAACUGCUCGCCAGAGCCGGCCGGGACGGCAGCUUCUUGGUGCGCGACAGCGAGAGCGUGGCCGGCGCCUACGCCCUGUGUGUCCUAUUCCAGAAGCAUGUCCACACCUAUCGGAUUUUGCCAGACGAAGAGGAUUUCCUGGCAGUGCAGACGUCUCAGGGGGUCCAGGUGCGGCGCUUCAAGACCCUGGGAGACCUCAUCGCUCUGUACCUGCAGCCGAAUCAGGGCCUUGUCAGCACCCUGCUCUUCGCUGUUGAGCGGGAGAAGGAGAAUGUGGAGGACAGAGACUACUCGGAUGGGGAGGAUGAGAAGCCCCCCUUGCCACCCCGUUCGGGAUCCACCAGCAUUCCUAGUGGCAGCAUUGCCCCCUGCGUGGGUAGCAAUGCCCCUGCUGUGCAGGAUGGAGCCCUUGAAAGCACCACCAAUGGGCUCAGCACCGUUUCCCACGAGUACCUGAAAGGCAGCUACUCCCUCGAUUUGGAGGCCGUGAAAGCCGGUGCCAGCAGCCUGCCUCACCUCAACAGGACCCUCGUCACCUCCUGCAAACGCCUGCACAGUGAGGUGGACAAGGUCUUGGCAGGCCUGGAGAUCCUGUCCAAGGUGUUUGACCAGCAGAGCUCCCCGAUGGUCUCGCGGAUCUUGCAACAGGCCGCCAGUCAAACCGGAGAGCAGGAGCUGGAGAACCUGGUUCUGAAGCUGUCCAUCUUGAAGGACUUCCUCUCCAGCAUUGAGAAGAAGGCUCUGAAAGCUCUCCAGGAGAUGAGUUCUACAGCACAGCCUGGGCUUGCCCCGCCUUCCUCUCGCAAAGUAAAGAGCAUUCCUGUUCAAGCAUUCGAGGUGAAGCUGGACCUAACCUUGGGUGACCUCACCAAAAUUGGGAAAUCCCAGAAGUACACCUUAAGUGUGGAUGUGGAGGGUGGAAAGCUGGUGGUGUUGAAGAAGCAGAAGGACUCAACGGAAGACUGGAACACCUUCACUCAUGACAAGAUUCGUCAGCUGAUAAAAUCCCAGCGAGUACAGAAUAAAUUGGGCAUCGUCUUUGAGAAGGAGAAGGACAAGACACAGCGAAAGGACUUCAUCUUUGUCAGUGCCAGGAAGCGGGAAGCCUUCUGCCAGCUCCUGCAACUGAUGAAGAACAGACAUUCCAACCAGGACGAGCCAGACAUGAUCUCCAUCUUCAUUGGCACGUGGAACAUGGGCAGCGUGCCCCCUCCCAAGCAGAUCGUCUCCUGGCUUGCCUCCAAGGGCCUGGGCAAGACGCUGGACGAGAUGACCGUCACCAUCCCCCACGACAUCUACGUCUUCGGCACCCAGGAGAACUCCAUGGGGGACAAGGAGUGGGUGGACGUCAUGCGGGGGGUCCUGAAGGAGUUCACGGAGAUCGAAUACCGGCCGAUAGCCAUGCAGUCCCUCUGGAACAUAAAAAUAGCCGUCUUGGUGAAACCAGAACAUGAGAACCGGAUCAGCCACGUCAGCACCUCAAGUGUCAAGACUGGGAUCGCCAACACCCUGGGCAAUAAAGGGGCCGUGGGCGUCUCCUUCAUGUUCAACGGCACGUCCUUUGGCUUUGUCAACUGCCACCUCACCUCUGGCAACGAAAAGACAGCCAGGAGGAACCAGAAUUACCUGGACAUCUUGCGUCUCCUCUCCUUGGGGGACAAGCAGCUUGGCUCCUUCGACAUCUCGCUCCGCUUCACGCACCUCUUCUGGUUCGGGGACCUGAACUACCGUCUGGACAUGGACAUUCAAGAAAUCCUCAACUACAUCAACCGCAAAGAGUUUGAGCCUCUCCUCAAGGUGGAUCAGCUCAACCUGGAGAAGGAGAAGCACAAGAUCUUCCUGCGAUUCAGUGAGGAGGAGAUCACCUUCCCUCCCACGUACCGGUAUGAGAGGGGCUCCCGUGAUACCUACGUGUGGCACAAGCAGAAGCCCACCGGGGUAAGAACCAAUGUCCCCUCAUGGUGUGAUCGCAUUCUCUGGAAGUCCUACCCGGAGACCCACAUCAACUGCAACUCCUACGGGUGCACAGAUGACAUUGUAAGCAGUGACCACUCCCCAGUCUUCGCGGCCUUUGAAGUUGGAGUCACGUCCCAGUUUGUUUCCAAAAAAGGUCUCUCUAAGUCUUCAGACCAGGCUUGCAUUGAGUUUGAGAGCAUCGAGGCCAUUGUGAAGACAGCCAGCAGGACCAAAUUCUUCAUUGAAUUCUACUCCACGUGCCUAGAAGAAUUCAAGAAGAGCUACGAGAACGACUCCCAGAGCAGCGACAACAUCAACUUCUUGAAGGUGCAGUGGUCCUCCAGGCAGCUGCCCACGCUCAAGCCGAUCCUUUCUGACAUUGAGUAUCUGCAAGACCAGCACAUCCUCUUGACUGUCAAAUCUUUGGAUGGCUACGAAUCCUAUGGCGAGUGUGUCAUUGCCCUCAAAUCCAUGAUCGGCAGCACCGCUCAGCAGUUCCUCACCUACCUGUCCCACCGGGGAGAGGAGACGGGCAACAUCCGUGGCUCCAUGAAGGUCCGGGUGCCAGCCGAGAGGAUGGGCACACGAGAGCGCCUCUAUGAAUGGAUCAGCAUCGACAAAGACGAGACAGGAGCUGCCAAAGGGAAGCUGCCGCCUCCAGCAUCGCGGACUAACCUGGAACACAGCAAAUCCGUCGGGAGGAAACACUUCCCUGCAGAUGCUGCAGCUGUGGCCACCUGUCCCAUUGGGAAGCUCUUGGACGACCUGGAGAAGUCUAGUGCCCUCACGGCCGGUCGCCCCCUGGCCCCACAUCGUGGCACCUGCAAAGAGGAGGCCUCACACAGCAGGUCCAAGCCAGAUGCCCCCCCGGAUCCCGAGGGUGGCCCCCUGAAGAACAGCUUCAACAACCCGGCCUACUACGUGCUGGAAGGGGUCCCCCAUCAGCUGCUGGUGACGGAGCUGCCCCCCACCAUGGUGGCCAAGCCCCCAGUCCCCAAGAACAAAGUCCAGAUCACGGUCCCGAUCCAGCCGGAGCAUCGGCGCCUGCAACAGCCCCCCGCCAGGGUGGAGGAGAGCUCCGAGGAGGAGGAGCCGGGGGUCCUCAAUCUGCCCCCCCCGGACUUCCCGCCCCCACCGCUGCCCAAGUCCGUGGAGUUGGAUGCCGCCGCCGCCGCCGACAACGCCUUCUACACGCCGGUGGGGGGCCGAGGGGAGGAGCCGGGGGCUGGCAAGUGCCGAGGCUCUGUGGCCUUCAGUGAGCCCCUGGAGGCCAAGCCCCCCAAGCUGCACCCCCGGCCAGCCCCGUCCCUGGGACCCGGCUUCCUCCUGGAGUCACCCAGCGCCUCACCGGUGCCCCCCGGGGGCCUCCGGGACGACCGCUCGUGCUCCGUGCUGCAGAUGGCCAGGACGCUCAGCGAGGUGGAUUACUCCGCUGGAGGAGGAGGAGGAGGAGCUGGGCAGAGCAGGGAGCAGCCGGGCCGGCCCCCGUCACACCCCCUGACCAAAGUGAGGCUGGAUCUCCCCCACCGGUGCCUGCACCCUGACUACAGCCGCCCCCUGGCCUUCCCACCCCGCUCCAUCCGCGAGAGCAUCGAAGAAGACUUGGCCGAAGAGACGGUCGGCCAGGACGGGCGCAGCAGCUCCAGGCAGAGUGAGUCCAGUGUGGGGGAGUGGCUGAGGGCCAUCGGCAUGGAGAGAUACGAGGAGGGCCUGAUCCACAAUGGCUGGGACGACCUGGAGUUCCUCAGUGACAUCACCGAUGAGGACUUGGAGGAGGUGGGCGUGAUGGACCCCAACCACAAGCUGCUCCUCCUCGAGCACCUGAGACUGAAGAAGUAGCCAGGCCUGCCCUUCCUGUCUCGGGGGCCUCCAUGCCACACCCUGGGAUGUGCCUCCUUCCUUGUGGCGUAGAGUCCUGUCCCGUCCCCCUCCCAUCCUGUGUGAUGUAGGAAUGGCUGCUCUGCUGCUGCUGCUGCUGCUGCUGCUGUGGAGCCCAAAGGAGUCACCGCUCCCCCUGGAGGGGAGGAAGAACAUCCAAGAUGGUACCCACCUCUUGGAGCCGGGCGCAAACUGUCCAGGUGGCCAAAGACCUGGUGUGGGGAUUCUGCUGCCCCAUUUUUCUCCCGCUUUCCUGAAGGAAGGAAUUGGGACCCAGCCAAUUCGGAGGAAAGGAAAGGAUAAGCAAGCACAAGUGGUCCAGGCCAGGGUCGCUCCAGAGUGGUCCAGGCUGAGCAUUUCAGAACAGCAACCCCCAGCAGCCCCCACCCCACUGCCCUCCCCUGUGCCGCUGGUUAAGUUAUUCUUAUUUAUUGCAAUGAAAGAAGGAUUCUGUUUUUUCCCUCUUCAUUUUCCUCUUCCUUUCAGAGAGCAGCAUUUUUGCCCCCUGCCCAUGAUGGCCUGUGCACCAAGCCUGAUUUCUUGGGUGGGGAUUCUGCCGAUUAGCUCACCGGCCCCGGUCCUUGCACUAAGGAUACCUGUGGGCUGGGCAGGAAGUGGCCAGCAAGUCUGGCCUGCUGCAGGUGGUUCAUGGCCAGCCUCCAGUCUCAACAGCCCUCUUUCUGCAGAGUCAUCCUGAGCUCCCACAGCAAUGCCCAAGUAGCCCUUGGCUGUUCAGGCGCCUGAGGUGGGCCUAGAUGUGAUUAGUUGGGGUGUGAAGCCCCCCAAGAUGGGAUACAGGCAGGGCCAAUUGGAAUCUCCUCCUGCCAGCAAGUGGGCUUCCAUUGGCUGGAAUCCUCCAAGGACUAUUUGGAAUACUCUGGCUGCCCAAGACGAGCAAAGGAUGUCCCCAUGCCAGUUGGCCUCCAGGAGAGGGAUUGUGGGAAUACAGCCUCCAUCUUGCCCCCCAACUGUGUCCUGCCACUGAGAGGCCUUUCUCUUUGUGACCAGCCCGCAGCAGAGAGGCCUCCCUCUUCCUCUGGAAGGUUUCUCUCUCUCGCUGCAGCCGCCAGAUGGCGAGAACCGUUUGUUCUUUGGCUUUGGAAGCCUUUGGCCUUAGAUGCAAACCCACCUGCAGCCCCUCACCCCAGCAUCUUAACCAUCCCAUGGAUGACAGCCUCCAGAAUAACCUCAGGUAACCCCAAAUGGGUGGAGGAGGGCACCCAAGGCCUCAUGAAGGCCCUUGUGGCCCCAGAGGGGUUGGUUUCACUCCAGCACUGGGGCAGCUGAGCAACCAGCCCGGCCGCCAAUCCAGCGUGGGCAUAUUUGACAGGAAGGCCUCCCUCCCUCCCUCCUUCCUGCCAGAAGACCUCUUGAUGUCCCAGUGUAGCCAGUCAGACAAGACUGUGCGCCAGUCACUGAGGAAGGAGGGGUAUGGCUUCAACACCGAGUCCAGGCAGUUCAAGAUGGCGCCUGAGGGCCUCCCGGGUGCAAGGAGUGCAGGCCUCCUAGGCAGAGAUGUGAGCACUUGCUGAGGGGAGGUGCACGUUCCCUCUGACACAAACAUGCCCUUCUCUUCCACCGCGUGGGGGUCGGGCCUUGAGGCAGGUUGUGGCUCUGUCCUCCUUGCACCUGAUCAGCCAUUUCUGUCUAGAUUGAUUGAUUUUUGGUGCUGGAGUUCAGUCGGCCUAUUCCUGCCCCUUCCUUCCUUCCUUCCUUCCUUCCUUCCUUCCUUCCUUCCUUCCUUCCACAAGGUCCCUCCUUAUGUGGGACUUGAAGGCCCGCAUAGCAGGAGGUCAUGGAAUCCCACCACCCUCCCCAUAGGUCCCGGGGCCCCCACUGUUUUUUUUUUAACCAGUGCACUCUUCCAACAGAUUCAUCUGUUCUGCUUGCUACUUUCCCUUAGUUUUGGGAAAGUCGUUGAGAUGCCAGUGCUGGAGAGGGCCUGUUCUCCGCUCUCAAUGCAAACCAAGGUGCCUGCAGAGAGCACCCUUAAGACCCAGGGCAGGUCCCUGGUCCAUGAGAACCGAAGGCUAGAAAUGAGGAGGCAGCUCAUGGCCUCCAGCCUCUGAUCGGCUCUUUUGCUCUUGGACAAUUGCUUAAUCACCCCGUGCCUUAGCUUCUAAUAACAAGGAACCGGCAGGUGUGUGGCGGUGGGACACACCUCAUCAGCUCUUUGGUUUGGAGGACCCAGCAGCAGUCUACUGGGACUCUCUCUCUCCCUGAACUCUCUCUCUGAAAUGGAAAUGAAGGAUGCCUGCCUCUCUCUCUCUUUCUCUCUCGUGUUCCUCCUGCAAUAUUGUGGGGUGUUGCCGACAACUUCUCUGCCCUCUGCCUCUCUCCUUGCCUCCCUUCUGCUAUUAUUAGUGUUUGGUGUGAGUUUAACCCAACUAAAUUCUACUGUUGUAUCUCAUGUAUGGUUGUGUUGUUGUUUUUUUAAUGUUUAAUUUAAUUGCUAUUUGAAACUCUCUUUUUAUGCUUCAUAUUUCAUGGGCUGAGAAUUGAAUUGCAAUGUGUGUGUCCCUCCCAAAUGUUUGCGUUUCAUGCCUUAGUUUUCCACAUAUUGAUGCAAUAAAAGGGCUGUUUGCUUAAA